AUGCUAUACGUGGCUGACAAUAAUAAUAAUCGAAUUCAAGUUUUUUCUCUUAAUCAGUCGUCGAAUAUUGGCACUACUGUUGUAUCUUUCGUAGCGGGUCCUCAACGAAUCUACGUCGAUACUGACGGGAAUGAACCAACACUUUACGUCACAGCUGUCUACCCGUAUUGCGUCUUGAAAUAUGUCAAAGGAGCAUCAGUUAGUGUAAAAAUCGGAGAUAGUUUGUUUGGAUGUUCGGGUAUAUCGAUUGACAACGAGAAAAAUAUCUAUGUGGUAGCCUCAUACUUGCAUAUUGUGCAGAAAUAUUCACCUCUAACGAAUUCCACAACGAUCAUUGCGGGUCAAAGAGGCGUAAUUAACUCGACGAGUAAACAUCUCAAUACUCCAGAAGGUAUCUAUCUUGAUCAAACUAGUGGUGCAAUAUAUGUUGCUGAUACAUACAAUGCUCGUAUACAAAAAUGGCUCAAAGAUGCACAAGAGGGUAUUACAGUGGCUGGAUCUAGUGAAGGUUUUGGAGGCGGUGACGCUGCAUCAUUAUUAGGUCCUAAGGAUGUGUUUGUCGAUAAAGAGACGAAUGUUGUAUACAUUAUUGAUUCAUUCAAUAAUCGAAUCCAACGUUAUCUUCCGAAUGCAACCAAAGGUGAUACCAUUGCUGGUGGAUUCGGCUAUGGCAAUGCAAGCAAUCAGCUUUGGGACCCAGUCGCAUUGGCUUUUGAUAGCAAUGGCAAUCUCUUUGUGAGCGAUACGUACAAUAAUCGAAUUCAAAUGUUUACUUUAAUUGACAAUCGAUCCUGUUCUGAAAUGUCAACAGGUUCAUCAAUGCACAAGUAAGUAAAAAACUAAACUCACUUUCUUCCUACUGGUAUCUCUCUUAUAGAAUAACUAUGAACACGGUCCUUCUGUCAAUUUUUGUAUGGGUUGUUUCAAGACUGUUGUAAUCACAUUCUGCCGAUAUUUUUGAUCACUGAAAUUGAAGACAAUUGUGUGAUUUUUUCCUUAAUUCAUUUAUUCUUAACCGACUAUCCUAUUUUAAUUAUUUGCUAACCACUUCUAUUUCUGGAAACUUUCUUUUAAGUUAAUAUAUACUCCAGAAUCAACAAGAAAAUAUACUCGUGUAUGUCGACUAUGCGACACUCAAUAGAUUAGACCGUAAUCGACGUUCAAUGAACUUUUUCAAAAUGAUUUUGAACCCAAGUCUGACUAAUUCAUAGACAAAACGACAUUCUUUGGAUUUGUAAAACGUUAGACUUGGUAGUUUACUCUGUUCUGGAUUCCGAACGUUAUAUAAGUGAUUUAAAAUCGAUCACAUGCCUCUUGACUAUGCUACUUGUAGGAAUGUUCUUUAAUUUCAUAUAUCUCGUCCCUUCCUUGAGUAGUCAGAGCAUGAUCUAUUCGAUCUCAAAGUUCUUCAAAAAUGCUACUAGUGAAUGAAUGGUAAAAAGAUCAUUGCGUUCGAUUUAGUGAUAACUGAACAGUUUGAUUUUCUCUAUGGAAUAAUUCUUUUUAAAACCAAAACAGUUUAAAAAAGAAAUAUGAGCAGAUCAAUGUUCAAUAUAUCGGUCUCGAAUUCUUAACGGCUAUCUCCUGAUUAUUGCAUUAUAUUGAGCGCAACAGAUGCUGCAGUGAUUGAACUAAAAGGCAACCUUAUCUUGUUCUAACUGGAUUUCUUAAGAGCUAGAAGAAAAAAGUAUGAAAUGCAGAAAUGUCUCACUGUUGUAAAUUCAAUUCGUUCUUUAUCAGGUGUGGGUGUGCGUGUGGGUGUGGAUGUGGGUGUGGGUGUGGGUGUGGGGGUGUGGGCGCGCGGGCGGGGGCGGGGGCGGGGGGCGGCACGGGGCGAGGUCGCGGGUG